AAAAACCUUAUAGCGAUGUGAUCUACGGUGUAAAUUCUUCUCGUUUCUUCUUUUUUUUUUUAGCUAGGAAGCAAUAUAUUGCAGGAAGGUGAACAGGUAACGUUAACUAGUUAGCUAAACAAGCUGCCAGUAACUAGAGUAAUGUAGCUAGCUAGUUAACGUUAAUCUCAUUGUUUACUAACAGAAACAGUGUCAGUUAGUCUAUUAGCCAUUACCCAUGUUAACAGAUUAGCUAACUUUACUGUACUACUGUAACAGCUAGCCUGUCAGCCAUGGAUAAGCUCAUUUGUCAACAACAAUAAGCUCCAUCAGGCCAGGGCGACAGCACAGUGCUGGGCAGGAUCGGAGGGUCCGGGAAGGAACAAAGAAAAACUGAAGAGGAAAAGAAGGGGUGAGUGGGCGGAUGAGGGAUUGAAGCAGCACAGAGAACCCGGAGAGGAACAGAGGGACUGAAAGAGAGGAGGAGAAUACUAGUAACAAACGACAGAGGAGCUCAAAAGGAAUCCAAACAGCUCUGAGACAGUGUACGGCCCAGUAUGGAGGAUUUCAGACGGACCUACCUGCGUCUGUGUAAGGAGGGGGGUGUGGAUCCCCAGGAGUCAGUGCUAGCUCAGCUCCAGGAGACCAGGAGAGCCGCAGCAGGAUCCAGGCUGGACCUGAGGGGACACAGCCUGUCUGUAGACACCUGUGCCGUGCUGGGGAGGGUCCUUCACAAAGACACACUCUUCACCGAGCUGGCCCUCAGUGACUGCAUGCUCACUGAGGAAGGUGCCAAGCUGCUCCUGAAUGGGCUGUGUGCCAACACUACUGUUAAAGUCCUGGAUCUGAAGGGAAAUAACUUGAGAUCAACAGGAGCUGAGGCUUUAGGGAAGCUGUUGGUGAGAAACAAGACACUGUGCAGGCUGGUGUUGGAGUGGAAUGCGUUGGGGAUGUGGGAGGAGGCGUUCUCAGUGUUCUGUGAGGGUUUGGCCACCAACGCCUGUCUAACCCAGCUGGACCUGCGCAACAACCAGAUCAACCACCAGGGGGCCUCGGAGCUCUGCCUGGCCCUCAAGCGGAACAGCACCCUGCAGGAACUGGAUGUGAGGUGGAACAACAUUGGUCUGCUGGGUGGCCGGUCCUUCCUGGAGGCUCUACAGCAGAACAGGACACUGACACACCUGGAGAUGGCUGGAAACAACAUCCCCAGCGACACACUCAAAGCCCUCGAGCAGGCGAUGGAUCAUAACUCGGACAGGCAGUCCACUGUGAGAGAGAGCCGCAGCAGAACCCAAGUCCUCAGCAAGGAGAUCCAGAUCCUCAAGGAGGAGAAGGGACGCCAGUUUCUGAGUCUGAUGGAGACCAUAGACAAACAGAGAGACGAGAUGGGCCGAAGCACCAGGUCAGCGACCACAUCUAUCCAUGUGGGUCAGCUACAGGAGGCCCUGAACGAGAGGAAGUCUGUUGUCAACUCUCUCACAGCCAAAUUCCAGAUGACUGAGGCAGCACUGGCCAUGUCGGAACAGAAGAACCACAACCUGGGAGAGCUGCUGACCAGAGUGAAGACUGAGAAAGAUGAGCAGAGAGAACGACAGAGCAGGGAGAGGAAGAAAGAACAGGAGGACAGUGCUCUGAGGGAGGGGAAGCUCCUCAGAGAGAUUACCAGUAUGUCAGAGACAAACGUACAGCUCAAGAAUAAGUUGGAGAAGAUGGAGAGCAGGUGUAAGUCUCAGCAGGACCAGAUUUUUGAGCUGAAGCAGGAGCUCACCAACAGCACAGCAGAGCUAAAGCUACGGCUAGCACAGGCAGAAGAGCGUUUGGAGAUGGAGAAGAAGAGAUCUAAACAGUCUCUGGAGGACAUGAAUAACCUUCGACAGAAAGAGGUGGACCAUGUGAAUCGUCACCUUGAGGAGAGUGAGAGGGCUCUACAGGACCGGAUCCUCAAACUGGAGGGACAGCGGAUACAGCUGGAGGAGGAGUUGAGCAGGGCAAAGGCAGCCUGUGUUACAGAGAGAGCCCAGGCAGAGGAGGAACAGGGGAAGGUGCGGGUACAGGUUCGCCUGGAGGAGCAGCAGCGUGUGAGUGGGUUAGAGGAGAAGCUGCGUGGGUUGCGUCAGUCCCGUGAUGAGUCCCAGAGCCACUGUUCCCAGCAGAAACAGACCAUAGCUGAGCUGCAGGCUCGUAGUGGACAGCAGAGCAUCGAGACAGACGGACUACGACGCAGGAUAGAGGAGCUGCAGCAGGAGUUGUCUGGUAAGGACCAGGAGAAGGUUGCAGAGGUGAGUCGGGUCAGGGUGGAGCUACAGGAGCAGAUGGGACACCUGCAGGCUGAGAGGACCGCACAGGGAGGACUGAAGGAGAAGAUAGCUGCUCUGGAGAGAGAGAUGAAAGUGCUGGCCAGUAACCACAGAGAGGCCACCCUGGACAAGGAGAGUGAGAUAUCAUCUCUGUUUGAGAAGCUGAGACUGAGAGAGGCAGAGAUCCAGAGGAUGAGAGAGGACGAGGCCCAGAGAGCUAGCUUCCUCCAGAACGCUAUACUCACAUACGUACAGGGGUCACCGUUGCACUACAGUCCUAAGAAGUGACCUCUGACAUCUAACCUUUGACCCUUCCCAUCCUUAUGUACGGACUAAGUACAGGGGUCACCACUGGGGUUCUGCAGUCCCAAGAAAUAACCUCUGACCUCUAACCCCUGCCCUAUUUACCCCUACAACCUUGUGCCCAUACACCCUCACAAAGUGGGAUACUAAAGUGACCCAAACCUUUCUAUUACACCCAUACUCCAUGUGUUCCUCUCCGGUCCUUCCCCCUCUCCCCUUUGGUCCCUCCAAACUACCCCAGCACAAAAUAUCAACAGCACAGAUAUUCACCUCUAGACAUCCGCAGCUUCGGGUGUACAGUGCAUUCGUAGAGUAUUCAGAUCCCUCGACUUUUUCCACAUUUUGUUACGUUACAGCCUUAUUCUAAAAUUUAUUAAAUAGUUUUUUCCCCCCUCAUCAAUCU